UAGGCGGGUAACGUAUACGUCGGCGCAGGAAGGUGUUUUUGUGCUGCAGUUUUUGGUUGCGUAGAGUCGAUUAUUAAGGAGUUUUUGUGUCAAUACUUUUAUUUCUAUAGUGGUAAAGAUGUUGUAAUACAUGGUUCGGAUGGGAAAAUAAUAAUUGGCUCGCGGUUUCGAAGAAACGCGUGGCUUUGAGGUGGACAGGUACAAUGGGGAGCCAUUUGAAGGAGGAUUUGCAUAGCCUGCCUGACUAUGAAAAUGAAGAGGAUGAAGACUUUCCCCCUCUGUCUCCACACCACUCCCCGGGUCAAAGUGGCGGGGAUGUGGAUCUCUUUGCCAAUGGUGAACAGACUGGGGAGAUUUCUAAACUGGAUGAAGCUCCAGUUGCUAAGAGAAGAGCUGUGAAGCGACCACAACCAAAAUUAGACUCCCAGAGGCUAAUUUCUGAAAGAGGUCUUCCUCUACUUCGAACUCUGUUUGAUAAUGUCAAAUUCAAGGGCAAAGGCAACGAGGCUGAAGACUUAAAGCUGCUGAUGCAGCAUAUGGAGCACUGGGCACACCGCCUCUACCCAAAGCUGCAGUUUGAAGAUUUUAUUAAUAAACUUGAAGUUCUGGGAAACAAAAAAGAGGUACAGACUUGUCUCAAACGAAUCAGAAUGGACAUGCCUCUGACACAUGAAGAUUUCAUUACAAAACCUGACGAGGAUGCACCAAAUGCUAGCCAGUUACCUGAAGAGCCAGAUCCUUUCCUUACCUCGACUCCCAUGACGGCACCAGUCCACUCUACUCCCAUGGGAAGCAGCACACUGACGGAUGAGCAGCGCCAAAGAAUUGAGCACAAUAAACAGCUAGCAAUGGAGCGGAGACUGCUCAGGCUACAGCAGGCAGCCUCAACUCAGGACCAGAGUGGUUCCACCCUAGAAACAGCCCAAGACUUCCCAGAAGACAGAGACGCUGAGAGUGAUGAAGAGGUGGGGACCCCGAGUAUGGAACAUGCAGUCCCUCUGGCAGAGGAGCACGUAAGCAAAAGAGAACCUGAACGAAGUGAGGGGGUGGCAUGGCUGGAGGAGCCAGAGGAUGGCCACAUUUAACUUUUGGUUUUCACAGUCCAACAAUAAUGACUUCUUACAUUUACAAUGUAUGGUUCUGUUUUAAUGAAAAACUGCAAUAUUUUCUGAAACUUUAUUAA